AUGCCCCAGAAACAUAAAGACUUUGGUCAGAUUGCAACCAGGUUUCCUUAGAGCUUUGGCUUUCUGAAAAAGAAAAUAAAAAAAUCUCUGCUCCCUUUCAAAAAAGUCAAAUCAACAAAAAAUAAAGCCAGGAAAUCAAGCAUCAUGAGCUCAGAUACAGAUGUAAACAAAAGUGCCUCCCAGACUGCAGAGGAACAGCCGAAGGAAACUGAUGGCCCCCUUCCUGGCUCAGUCAAUGACCAAGAAAAGAAAGUAAGAUUUUCUCCUGCCACGAUGUCAACCAAGAAUUCUACAGAUCUAGUUCAGUAUGUUGACAAGGGUCAUUCUUUUCUUCCUGUGAUUCCAAACACGCAGAGAAGUCAGCUAGAAGACAGACUGAACAACCAGGAGCGCACCAUUGCGUUCCUCCUUGAACAAGCCUUCCGCAUCAAGGAGGACAUCUCUGCUUGUCUUCAGGGGACCCACGGCUUUCAAAAAGAGGAGUUGCUUGCCAGGAAGCUACUGGAAAACCAUAUCCAGACCAUCACCAGCAUUGUCAAAAAACUCAGCCAAAAUAUUGAGGUUUUGGAAGACCAAAUAAGAGCUCGAGACCAGGUGGCCACAGGAACUAAUUUUGCAGUACAGGAGCUAAACACCAAACACGUUCAAGGAGUUGGAGAUCUUCGAGGAAGAGUAGCCAGAUGUGACUCCAGCAUUGUGAAGCUUUCUGGAGACAUUCACUUCAUCAGACACGAGCACCGGAAAACUGAAAAAACAAUUCAAGAUUUUAUGUCUGCCCUAGAAACUGUUUCUAAGAACUUGGAUGUGAAGGUAAUGCAGCUCUUAGGAAAGAUAGAGGCUUCCACUUCUGAGCAAAUCUCAAAUUUAAAGAUGGUCCAGGGAGAUCAUCGCCAUGAAAUGAACCUUUUGGAGUUCAAAUUUAAUUCACUUUCAAAUAAUCUAUAUGAGGAAGUGGAGAACCAUCAAAAAUGGACAGAAAGCCGGUUCAUUACCUAUGAAAAAGACCACCUUGGGCAUAUAAAUCAAUGUCUGAAGCUCCUACAGGAGAAACUGGAAAAGUCUGAAAAUAAAAUGGAAGAAAAAUUAUUGACGCUUUCAAGCAAAUUAGAGAACCUCAUUAACACAGAGAAACAGGAAGGAGGACUAAGCAAAGUAAAGCAUAUAGAAAACAAACUGUCCAAAAAGAUGAACCAACUGGAAAAGCACAUCUGGGGUGAAUUAGAGAAAAUGCAGAGUGAAUAUCAAUCAGGAUUUCAAUCAAUUCAUGACUCUCUCAGCUCCCUCCAACAAAUACAGAAAACAAAGAUGGAUUUAGAAAAAUAUAAAGUACAGAAAGACCUAAAGAAAUUACAGCGCAAGAUAGUGGAACUCCAGGAGAUAUAAAACUUUUCAGUCAUCUUUUUCUCCAGCUAAUAUAGCGGCUUGCUGGUAAACGUUGGAAAGAAGUUAGUAUCUCUGGGGUGUUUACUGCUUAUUAUAUCUCUGUAUUUCUUACCACCUUUUUAAGGAGAUUAAUGUGCCAGAAAAAUCCAAUAAAACAAAG